UGUCUGACGUUUGACAUUGAGACGAGGUUAUUGCACUUAUUAAAACCGGGAUUUAUUAAAAUAAUUUGAUAAAACAUUUGUAAUGGUGCUGGCAGUGCAGAACACCGGGACCCAGACAACGUUUUAUGAAGCUGCGAUUGCUGGAGGCCUAGCAGGGGCCUUCACGAGAGCAGUAGCGCAACCCCUCGACGUUCUAAAAAUACGAUUUCAACUCCAACUCGAACCGAUUGAAAAUGGAUCGAAAUACAGCUCUAUACUACAAGCAGUCGGCAGUAUUGUGAAGGAAGAAGGAAUUUUCACGUUAUGGAGUGGGCACGUACCAGCGCAGUUGUUAUCAAUAUCGUAUGGAGUCCUGCAGUUUUCCGUAUUUGAAUCGCUCACGCAAGUAUGCAAGGGUUCUGAUAUGACCUUCUAUAAUACUCAUAGACACUGGAUAAACUUUACUAAUGGUGGUGUGGCUGCUGCCGUGGGUACUGUCGUAUCUUUUCCCUUUGAUACAGUCAGAACUAGGUUGAUAGCUGAGCAGAAAACAAAAAAAGCCUACAAAGGGUUUACACAUGCAGUUACACAUAUGGUUAAGACUGAGGGUGUGGCGUCAUUAUUCAAAGGCUUGACUCCCACACUUGGGCAGAUUGCCCCACACGCUGGCAUACAAUUUGCAGUAUACAGGCUGUUCACGGAGACUGUGUUUAACAGAAUACCAUUCUUCCAAAGACAAAAGACUAUGCACUCUGUGGUGGAAUCCUCAUUAAUGGCAAACUUGAUAGCUGGCUCUAUAGCAGGGUUUGUGUCAAAAACAGCCAUUUAUCCAUUUGAUUUAGUGAAAAAAAGAUUACAGAUUCAAGGUUUUCAACAAUACAGGAAAGAGUUUGGUAAGCAGAUGUACUGUAAUGGUUUGCUACAUUGUGUGAAGUUGACUAUCACUAUGGAAGGGUUCCUAGCACUCUAUAAAGGUUAUGGGCCGAGUAUGCUUAAGGCUGUGCUAGUGUCCGCAAUGCACUUUGCGGUAUAUGAUGAAAUCAAACACAUGUUUCUGCGGUUAAAGAGUUGAUGCCCAUAGAGAAUACUUAGAAACUAAUUGAAAAUGUUAUUUAGCCAAUAUUUAUUUUGUGAUUAUCAGUUGUAAUGUGAAUCAGCAGGAAUUGAACCUUUUAUGUUAAAUGUUAGAUAACAAAACUAGACUAGAUAGAAACAAGGUUUUAAAAGGUACUGGCUUCAGUAGUGGGUUUAAACCAAAGCCUAGGUACUUUUUAAAACAUUGUUAAUAAAGUGGUCAAAGUUAGAAUCUCAAUAAUUUGGGUACCUUUCAUAAAAUUUUCAGCUUGCUUUAGCUUGACUAAAUUUAUUUAGUAUUUAAUAAUUCUUGCCAAAGAAUAUUGAAGACAUCACAAACAUUUGAUUCCAAUUUUACACAUAUCUUUGACUCCAUAAUUUAUAAAAUCAAACUUGCCUUCUCUAACACUCACUUUUAAAUAUUUAUGAAUUUAAAUGUAAUUUGUUAUUAAUUUUUAUUUAUAUUGAUAGCUAUUUAUUCUAUUUUUAAGUAUAAAUAUUAUGUUGUUGUUAGCUUUGCCUUAAAAAGAGUUUAGUAUUGAAUGCUGAUUAAUUUAAAUGUUUCUCGAGUUUGCUUUACCACAAAAUAUGAUAAUUAGAAAUUAAAAUAAUUGCUGUUAAAUACAAGUAUAAUAUAAUUUCAACUUCGCAUUUACAGUAUUAA